AUAUAAAAGAAAACGAUAAAAAGGGCACAUUUUUCCGAGUGCGCUACCGCAGGCGAACGACUUCGCCGCGUCAUCGCGAGGGGGGAGAAUACAAGGGGGAGAACCUCGAUCUCGAGGAUCGCGCACUCACCACGAGGCGAAGCACUGACACUGUCUCCCCCUCGCUGUCUCCUUGGCUUCCCCUUUUCCACCUGCUCUGAUCUCUCUGCCGACACGGUCGCUCGACAGAGAGGAUGGCGGACUGGGGGCCGGUGGUGGUAGCGGUGGUGCUGUUCGUGCUGCUCUCGCCGGGGCUGCUGUUCCAGAUCCCGGGGAAGGGCGGGAGGUUGGUGGAGUUCGGCAACUUCCAGACCAGCGGCGUCUCCAUCCUCGUCCACGCCGUCAUCUACUUCGCCCUCAUCACCAUCUUCCUCAUCGCCGUCGGCGUCCACGUCUACACCGGCUAAAGCCAUCGUUUGGUACAUUACGUACUGUCUCACGCUGUCAUGCGCGUCCUACUAUCCUUCGUCUUCCUCAUGCCUCUUGAGUCAAAUGAUACGUACUCGGACAUCCCUGUGAUGGUUCCUUCUUCAUGCUUCCUCUCGGGAUGGACCAAAACAUAAACAAUGAGCAUUGUAUCACAAUAUUUCUAUCCAUUAGGCAGCUGGUUGUUCUUCUUUUAAAGGUA